UGUGAGACAGACAACAAAUAGGCAGAGAAGGUUGUUACUGUGUGGUUUUGGAUGAGCGCCGAAAUCGUUUGUAGACUUCGCACAUACACAACAGGAUGUAGCAGCGGCGAAAGAAAUAAGAAAGGAGAAGAAAAGCGCGUGCGAAGAACGGAGGUGCAGAUUGUGAGAGUGGACAGAAGCAGAAGCCGACGGUAGCAGGAUUACCCACGGCAGGUUAUGAUGACAGCACCGCGGCCCGAGCUUCUAACCUGAAGUACCGCUCCAUGCGCUUUUGUUUGACGCAACGCUGGAUUUUUACGCACUGAACGGACUCUGACUGGCACAGUUCAGAUACUUUUGUAACAGAGGGGAGCACUGAAAGAKAGAGGACAGGAUGGCGAGCCAAAACGACUGCUGUGUGAAGGUCUCUUUGAGGAUCCGUCCCCAGAUGGCGAAGGAGAAGAURGAGGGCUGUCACGUGUGUACGCUGGUCACGCCCGGGGAGCCCCAGAUGUUGCUGGGUAAAGACAAGGCCUUCACGUACGACUUUGUGUUCGACAUCGACUCAGUCCAGCAGCAGAUCUAUGCUGCCUGCGUCCACAAACUCAUCGAGGGCUGUUUCGACGGAUACAACGCUACGGUGUUUGCCUACGGACAGACAGGCUCAGGGAAGACCCAUAAUGGGACGGGGUUUGACAUGAACGUGCAGGAGAAGGACCAGGGUAUCAUCCCGCGGGCCAUUCGUCAGCUGUUCCUGGAAUCCAGGAGAGGAAGACACAGGCCCAGCAGCAGGGCACACACCUCCAGAGUUAAAGUCAGUGCACAGUUCCUAGAGCUGUACAAUGAGGAGAUCCUAGAUCUGUUUGACGGAGCCAGAGACCCAGACUGUAAGAGCAGGAAGUCUAAUAUUAAGAUCCACGAGGACGGCAGCGGCUCCAUCUACACCACCGGAGUCACCUCACGACUUGUCAACUCAGAGGAAGAGCUGUUACAGUGUCUGAAGCUGGGAGCGUUGUCUCGUACCACGGCCAGUACCCAGAUGAACGCAUCUAGUUCCAGAUCUCACGCCAUCUUCACCAUCAACCUCUGUCAGAUGAGAGUCUGUCAACAAACUGAGGAGAAUGGGGAGGUGAACGGAGGUGUAAAUGGAGGUGUGAUUGGGGAGGUGAACGGAGGUGUACAUGGAGGUGUGAUUGGGGAGGUGAACGGAGAGGUGAAUGGUGUUGGCGGAGAUGGAGAGUCUAUUACCAAGCCCGAGUAUGAGACUCUGAUGGCCAAGUUUCACUUUGUGGACCUAGCUGGAUCAGAGAGACUCAAACGCACCGGAGCAACGGGAGAACGGGCACGGGAGGGCAUAUCCAUCAACUGUGGACUGCUGGCUUUGGGGAAUGUGAUCAGUGCUCUGGGGGACCAGGCUAAGAAAGGAGGACAUGUUCCCUACAGAGACUCUAAACUAACGCGCCUACUACAGGACUCAUUGGGAGGAAACAGUCGUACGUUGAUGAUCGCGUGUGUGAGUCCGUCGGACCGGGACUUCAUGGAGACCCUGAACACACUGAAGUAUGCCAACAGAGCCAGGAACAUCAAGAACAAGGUGGUGGUGAACCAAGACAAGACCAGCCAGCAGAUGUCUGCCCUGAGAGCUGAGAUUGCCAGGCUACAAAUGGAACUUAUGGAGUAUAAAGCGGGUAAGCGCGUGAUGGGUGAGGACGGCUCGGAGGGCUUCAGUGAUCUGUUCCAGGAGAACUCYAUGUUACAGAGAGAGAACGACACYCUACGCAUGCGAGUCAAAGCCAUGCAGGAGACCAUCGACCACCUCAACACACGGGUCACCACGCUCCUCGCCAACGAGGUCAGCACGCUGCUGGCCAAGUCAGGUGAGGGCAAUGAGGAGAUUGGUGCUCUGAUACAGAACUACAUCAGAGAGAUCGAGGAGCUCAGAUCUAAGCUCCUGGAGAGCGAGUCGAUGAACGAGUGUCUUCGUCGCAGUGUAACCCGUCUCUCCUCCCGCUCCCCGUUCACCACCUCCUCCUCUCAUAGCUCCACCCCAGGGCCACACCCCUUAGGCUCCUCCCCUUCCAUUUCCAUGGAGGCGGAGAUGACGGACGUGAUUCGCCGAGCCAAGACGGACAUCGAGAGGCUGAAGAAGAAGGAGAGGAGACAGAGGAGGAUGAGCCCAGAGAAAGAGAAAGAGUUGAAGAAACGAGUCAAGCUUCAUUCUCAUGAGAACGGACAUAAUGGAGAAAACGGUCAGAUGGACACGGAUGACAACUACACAGAGGAUGUGAUGUCACCUCUGCAGGAGGAGGAGAGCGGGUGUGACGAGGAAGAGGAGGAAGAGGGGAGGGACGAAGAGGAGUUUGACAGUGAUGAGAGUCUGGUGGACUCCGACUCGGACUCUGAUGAGAAAGCUAAUUUCCAGGUGGACCUGGCAGACUUGACGAGUGAGAUUGAGAUCAAGCAGAAGUUGAUAGAUGAGCUGGAGAACAGUCAGAAGAGACUGCUGCAGCUCAAACUACAGUAUGAAGAGAAACUCGUCCUGCUCCAGAACAAGAUCAGAGACACACAGCUUGAGAGAGACAGAGUACUGCACAACCUCUUGUCGAUGGAGAACUACACAGAGGAGAAGGCUAGCAGGAUCAAAUCCGAGUACGAGAAGAGGCUGAAGGAGAUGAACAGAGACCUGCUGAAACUACAGGCAGCACAGAAGGAACACACGAGGCUACUGAAGAACCAAGGACGCUAUGAACAGGAACUGAAGAAACUACAGCAGGAGGUCAACGAGAUGAAGAGAGCCAAGGUGGCACUGAUGAAGCAGAUGAAGGAGGAGCAGCUAAGGAGGAGGAUGAUGGAAGCCACGAGGAACAGAGAGAUCGCUCAGCUCAAGAAGGAGCAGCGACGACAGGAAUACCAGAUUUGUUCGUUGGAGAGUCAGAAGCGUCAGCAGGAGCUGGUAUUGAGGAGAAAGAGCCAGGAGGUGACAGCCUUACGACGGUUGGCUAAACCCAUGUCUGGACGUAUGGCUAGACGACUCCAGCCCCUUGACUCCGGAGCAGAACUGUCUGCCAGCACCACCUCCUCUGAACCAGAGUCCAACCGGACCACCUCAACCAAAGUGUCUAACAUAGUGAGACAGUGGAACACCAAGAUGAAUGGCUACCUGGGAGAGAGCGAGGGGAUUACCACCAACGGGACACAGGUUGUUGGCAGUAGGACGCGUGUCCAGCAGCGCAAGGGUGUUCUAGUGGGCAGCAGUAGUUUCUCCAAGGCGGCCCGUCAGAAGUGGCAGACUCUAGAGAGGAGGAUCCUGGACAUCGUCAUGCAGAGGAUGACCAUCACCAACGUAGAGGCCGACAUGGACCGACUCAUCAAGAAGCGAGAGGAGCUGUCUGUGCAGCAGGAGGCGCUGUUGCGUAAAAGGCAGGUGCUUAUGGCUGAGGGGGAGGGGCCUGACGGGGAGGACCGCCUAGUCCAGGAAAUGAACGAGGACAUUGAGGUUCUGAAUGCAAACAUCGACUACAUCAACGACAGCCUGUCAGACUGCCAGGCGACCAUCGUUCAGAUAGAGGAGACCAAGGAUGAGCUGGACUCGGUGGACACCUCAGUGGUCAUCAGCUCCUGCUCUCUGGCUGAGGCCCGACACCUCCUGGACCACUUCCUCAAGGCCUCCAUUGACAAGGGUUUACAGGUGGCUCAAAAGGAGUCUCAGAUCCGACUGUUGGAGGGCCAGCUGAGACAGACAGAUAUGAUUGGCUCUGCCCACAACCACAUCAUCCUGGAUGCGCUAAGAGAGAAAGCUGAGUUUAUCCCUGAGCUGCAGGCACUCAUCCACAACGUACAGCAGGAGAAUGGUUAUGUCAGCACCGACGAGGAGCCUUCAGAGUUUAGCCAGGCCUCUGACGGCAGUGUGUCUCAGAUGAAGUCGUCAGCUAGCCAGGAUGACUUCAAGCUAAAGGUUCAGACUGAGCCCCGUCUGUCAGCCCAGAUGAAAGCGGUAUCGGCAGAGUACCUGGGUCCCGCGUUAGACCCGUCCACUAAGAACAUCACCAAGUCCCUGGCCUCCCUAACAGACAUCCAGGAGAACGGUGGCUCAGGUGGCCUGAGCCUCACUCUCCCCAUCUUUAGAGACAGGGUGUCCAGGACCACCAGCCUGCCUGUCCGGGGACACACCUUUCCUCGGCAGUCUCGGGGGGGUGACACCUCCCCUCUAACAAGGAGGAAGUCUUAUGACCGAGGCCAGUCUUACAGAAAUGCUGAUGGGCAAACUCCCCCAUCCUCCCCCCCUCUCAGAACCAGAAACGACCGCAAUGUCUUUUCAAGGCUCACCAGCAACCAGAGCCAAGGCUCCGCACUGGACAAGUCGGAUGACAGCGACUCCUCUCUCUCGGAGGUGCUCAGGGGUGCGAUCACUCUCACGGGGGGAGUGAAGGGGGGACGGACAGCGCCCCUCCAGUGUUCUGCCAUAGCAGAGGGGCACUCUAAACCUGUCCUCUGUGUGGAUGCUACCGAUGAACUGCUCUUCACUGGAUCCAAAGACCGGACGUGUAAGAUGUGGAACCUGGUGACGGGACAGGAAAUCGUCACGCUGAAAGGGCACCCCAAUAACGUGGUCUCAGUCAAAUACUGCUCUUCCUCCUGCCUAGUGUUCUCUGUCUCCACCUCCUACAUCAAGGUCUGGGACAUACGAGACUCUGCCAAGUGUGUCCGCACCCUCACGUCUUCAGGCCAGGUGGUAUCGGGGGAUGCAUGUGUGGGCACCACCACCCGUACCAUCACGGUGGCACAGGGUGAAUACCAGAUCAACCAGAUAGCUCUCAACCCCUCUGGCUCUGUCCUCUAUGCUGCUGCUGGCAACACCGUACGCACCUGGGACCUCAACAGGAUGACGGCAUUAGGGAAGCUGACAGGUCACAUAGGCUCAGUGAUGUGUCUCACUGUAGGUCAGUCUCUACUGGGCAAAGACCAGGUCAUCACUGGCUCCAAGGACCACUAUGUCAAGGUGUUUGAUGUGGCAGAGGGCAUGCUGGGUAAUUUAGGCCCCGCCCACAACUUUGAGCCUCCGCACUAUGACGGCAUUGAGUGUCUGGCCAUCCAGGGAGACGUUCUGUUCAGCGCAUCACGAGACAACGGCAUCAAGAAGUGGGACCUGGAGAACCAAGAACUCACACAGCAAAUCCCCAACGCCCAUAAGGACUGGGUGUGUGCGCUGGCAUAUGUUCCAGGGCGCCCCAUGCUGCUGAGUGCCUGUCGGGGAGGCAUGCUGAAGGUGUGGAACGUUGACAACUUCACCCCCAUAGGAGAGGUCAAGGGUCAUGAGAGCCCCAUCAAUGCCAUCUGCACCAACUCGCGGCACAUCUUCACRGCUUCCAGUGAUAUGACGGUGAAGAUCUGGUCAGCAAAGGUGGGGAAGAAGAGGUGACGUUCGGUCGGAGCGUCAUUGUGACAUCAUUAUCGGCGGCCAUCUUUAUCGAGGGCCUUUGACCUCUGACCCUCUCACUUCAACCACCUCAACCAAUCAGGUGUGACGCGGCAGGACGUCAUGGCUACCAACCAUAACCGGGACGACCAAAGUGUGGAUGGCGCGUCGUCGCAAAGUUCAGUCUCCUCCGGAAAGAUCCUUAAUGAGGAGUGUCUUGAACUGAAAGGCAAAACGGGAAGCUUGAGAGUUUUUACCUUUUUCUUGUUUUUACUGCCAAUCCAACUGUAAGUGCAAUUGAGGUGUGAUGGGAUUUUGUCAAGAUAAAAACCUUUAUUGUGCCAGAUGAUGGCUGUGUGAGGACAGCAAGCAGAAUGUCCAUGGGAUGUUCACAGACACAGCUACUGACUGAUUCACCUACUCUCCUAUUUAUUACUCAUUCAAUGAAAACAAGGUCUCCCAGAAGUGAACUAACCCCCGGAGAACACCAUUUCUGAGCCAACUAAAGACGAUGUUUCUAUCUUCAGGGCUGUCUGUGUUUGACUGUCUACUGGCUGAGAUGAACCAACUGGAAUUCAUUUAUAGCAAAGGGGGCUGAGAGAGUGAGUUGUUCAGUAUACAUACAGUAUGUAUGUUGAAACCACUGGACAGUUUGUUGAGAGUUCAUUUCAGCCCUUUGUGAUUCCCUGUCUCCUCGUCUCUAUGGAUGGGUUUUCUGUGGCCUCUACCUUGGCUGCAGGCUGCUGAGUCUGCACUGAGAGAGCCUAGCAAUAAUAACAUCACUACUAACACCAGUCCUGGAGGAACAUACACACACACACACACACACACUGCUGUCUUAUCAGGGUGGGAGUGCAGGAAUAAUAGCAUUAUUCACACUCACACAGACACACCAACCCCACCAGACAGCGGUAGCUCCACAGGUGCCAAAGUUCCAGAUCAUUAUCUCUCCUGUCUUUAUGCAGCCCGAGACUGWCUGCGUCCCAAAUGGCACCCUACUUCCUAUGAAGUGCACUACUUUUGACCAGGGAUUAGCGUGCCAGUUGGGACUCGCCCCCUCUCUCUCUCACUGAGGCGCUCAACACUUCAAUAAGCACCCUGAGAAUCACCAUCUCAACCUCUCCUCUCCUCUUACCCUGUGAGUCUGGUAUGCUGUGCCAGUCCAUUCUGAGCUUAUUAGCUGUUGUAACUUCUGCAAAACUGGAUUUGAAUCACAGGAGGURGGUGGCACUGUGAUUGUGGGCGACUGGCUUAUGGUAAUGCCUGGAGCGGAAUAAGUGGACUGGUAUCAAAUACAUCAAACACAUGGUUUGAUGCCAUUCCAUUCGUACCGAUCCAGCCAUUAUGAGGAGCCGCUCUCUCCUCAGCGGCCUCCACUGGUUCUGAAUACUAUUUGAAAUCUUUCAAAUAUUCAUCAGCAUUUGUUCUAGCCCGCCUGGAUUUGCCAGACGUGGCCCAUGAUGCCAGGCAAGCUCAAUCAAACACAGAUAGAGUAUUUGGAAUUUCAAAUAGUGUUUGAGGCCAGGUCUGAACUGAUGAUAACUGUAACUGCAGACACCAAUAUAGCUCUAGUUCUGCGCCACAGAGACAGUGGUGGGAGGGAUGGUAAUGCUAGCCAGGCUAAUUGGCUGCUGUGUUAGCAGGUGGUGAUGAGUUAUGCUGCAUGGUGGGCAAAAGUCUGAUUUAAGUAGGUCAGGACAGGAGAAGAGCGCUGUGUCCCUAUUGGCACCCUAUUCCCUACAUGGUGCACUACAUUUGACCAGAGUCCUAUGGGCCCUCGUCAAAAAGCAGUGCACUAUAUAGGGAAUAGGGUGCCAUUUGGGACGCAUUAUUUACCAGAUCUUUAUURCUUCCGUUCAGUAGUUUUAAAGAAGGAACCCUUCCCUGCUGUGUGUGUGCCAUUGGGGUAGUGUGGGGGCGACGCCUGGCUUCACACACACACACACAUGCUUUUAGGUUAUCCAUCUUGCCUGGCAGUGCUUGGCAUCCUUCAGCUCUGAGAUUUGCUGUCUGCUAAGUUAAACAUAUUUGUCUUCUAGCCCUCCCACGCACGCGCACACACACACACACACAUACGCACACACACACACUCACUCAUGUGGCUAACCACUAUCUCCAGGCACCGGUGAUCAGAGAAUCUUCCCUCCUAAGCCUUUUAGAAGGGGACAUUCAAAUCAAUUCCCGCUGACGAUGUCACAACAUAGAACAUUCCAGAAGAAAUUGUGAAAUUCUCACACUCCUCCCUGAUGUUCGGAAAUGUCUUUUAGAUGCCUAGUGAGCGACUGAGCCAUGUGUAACUCACAGCAUUUCUUCUCCUGUGAAUAUAUCUCGUUGUUAUUGAGUGCACUUUAUCUGGUAAACGUGUGUACUGUGCUGUGAUCAAAUGGAUUACGUUAGAGGAAGGGAUCGGUGGUCCAAUAUAGCGAAAGAAAAGUAUCCCAAAUGAAAUCUACUGCAAUGAGAAUCUCAAAUACUGUCUGUGUAGAGCUGUCUUUGAAGACUGAAUCGAUGGUGUCUCUCUUACAAGACAUGUUGAUGCUGCUAACAUGAUGUAAAUAGUUUGAUAAAGAGAAACGUAAGACAUGAGAUGACGCAAUCAUGUUAUUCUGAGCCGAGGUUUGAGUUGAAGGUAGAGGGAGUUUAUACUAGACACAGAUCCAGUUUUAUAGUCUCUGUAUGUAGCCCAUAARGCCUUGUUUUUAAAGCCAUUUAAAUGUGUUUAAGGUACAAUCGAUGUUCCUUUGUCAUAGAGGAAUAUCUAUGUAAUCUCUCUCGACUUUUACGACUUCUUUAAUAACGUCAAACUAUCAUGCAUUUUUUGUUGUUGUCGACUCCCUUUUAAUAUUGUAUUUUCCAAAUCCUCUAUCGUGGCCCUUGGAGGACCAGGCUUAGCAUGAAGGAUGUUGAACACCCACAGCUGUGCCAAUCACCUAUAGCUAGCUAACUAUGUGGCGCUCUACUCUGCUGACUGUUCCGGGAUCAGCCUUUCUACUCCUUCGCUCAGUGUGUUUCGCAGUAGCUGUUCGAGGAAGCUCUGUAGUACUUAAAGGGGCUUUUAAAGGUGCCCUUGCUUGUGCAUUUGCUGUAGAACAAAGCUGCGUGAUCCUAGCGGUAGUGAUGGUAGGAGAGGAGGACGCCUCAGAACCAUGAGCAGAAUUAAUAUGCCAACCGAAUGUUCAGUCACACUUUAUUUGGAUAGUGCGGGUAGUCCAUCUGUGGUCAUACCAUCAACAAAUAAUCUUUUGACCGGCAACUGCUUGCUAYGGUUAAGUUUAGAAWAAGGGUAAGGGUUCAUUUUGGGUUAGGUUAAGGGUUAGGGCUACUAGAUAGUUGGUUGAAAUGUUACUGAUCAUCUACAAGAUGGCCUAUCCGAAAUAAAGUGUUACCGAACGUUCUAAUUGAUGACAUCACAAAGGUGCUGUUUUAAUUCCGGAACAGGACGCCGAUGAGAACAAUCAAAAUUCUCACCUCCUAGUCUCAAAGGGUUAACCACACAGCCAAAUUAGAAGCCCUCUCCUCUCCAGUUGGAAGUGCUGCUACUGACCGAGCAUGUCUGACAGCCAUGUCCACUCGCUAUAGAUUCCUAGGCUUCUUCUCUCGUCUCCGUCGGUACCUCUCUGAUGGCUGAAUCACCUGUAUACAGGUGUAUAAUACUGUCUAUCGGAGGGGAGAUUUGGGCACAGUUAUUGACUUCCUGGUUAUCCGACGCCCCGACAAAAAGACGACUGACUUUCCUACCCAGUGUGCAGAUAUGACCGUCUGUAUGUCUACCCGAGCUUAACCUUUCACCUAAUUAGAAAAUGAACCACUCGGCCUAUCAGCACCACGUAGGCUCCAUGUCUCUGCCGCUUGCCUCUGCUUUCAGGCCCACUGCACAUAGAAAUAGAAUUGGUACAGAGAUCCUUGACGUGUCCUCUACGUGCUCUGUAGAAAAGCUGUAACCGGUCUCAGGCUUGCUCCAGCGGCGUUCAAAAGGCGUCAACGUUACAGAGCAUUCAGAUUCAGAUCCACGUGUAUUUAGCGUCUGCUAAAAUGACUUAAAUGUAGAACGGAUAUGAAUGUCUGUCUGGUAUGGGAUUGGUUUUGUCAGCUCUAUUUGUUCGAUUUCUAUCUGCGACGUACUGAACCUUUCACCUCACUUGAUAUCUACUACCCAGGCUGCUGCGCUGUGCGCUCAGAGCGUUUAUGGCCUAAUCAAACGCUGACAGAGCUGGGCCUCGUUUCCCAGUUGCGACGUAACUUAAGCAUUACGAUGAUGGUACCAGAUGCAUCGUUAUUUACAAACCAACUUUUUAAAGAUGUGUUUCCCAAACGAGCAAGUAGAGAGUAUGUUGUUAGACCACGUGUCGAUACUGAUAGGAUCGAAAGAAAAGCAGCACUGCUCUCGGGUCAGCUUUCUCCGUUCAAAUCUUACCUCGACGUGAUAAUUAUUCCACUAUACUGAUGAAGGAUUCAGCUCCUCGACAGAUAUGACCAAUUAUGUCUGCAAAUAGGCUAUAGACACAGCAAAAUCCCCCCAAAAUAAUGCACAAAAUUACAGAUUAAAUAAUUACAGACAGUAUCCUAGUCGCAAAAUAGAACUCAAUUGACGGAACAUGAAAUGUAUAUCAAUAUGAUUUUAAUAGUAUAUGUAGACCUAUGUAUGGUUUAUUGUAGUUUCUCGGUUUUAAGUUGAAGCAUCACUUUAUCCUCAACUUGUUAGUAACCAUUGCAAAUACUUCGGCCACUUUUGUAUUUGCAGUCAAAUUCAUUCCGAAGUCAUCUGCAGUCACAGUCUGUGACAGAUUGCCUAAACAUCUUGAUUCAAUAUUUUUUUAGCAGAAAUGGUCUGUGAAUAAAGUGACGCGGAAGGGCAAUAAAGAGUCUGGCGAUGCACUUUGGAAGCUCUACGAGUGGCCUGGAUCACUCGUACUGCAGAUGUGCAAAGAUUUUUAGGAGUCACGUUGCUAACGAAGGCUCUGGGAAACACCUUCGUCUACUAAAGAUCCAUUGUAAGAAAGUUCUAAUACGUUCUGAUAUCUCGGCCUAAUCAAACACUGACCGAGCUGAUAUGUGUCAUAUUUUGAGUGGCUGCUCAGAAGUGCACACCAGAGAGGUCACACAGAGUGAUGGCGUCUAUUGUCAGCUCGGUUUCUCUCUAUUUCUGUUUCACAGGCAAAGUGGGCGGUAACAUGUCUCUGGUGGUAUCUGUGAACCAGGGUCAAAUGUCAUACCAGGUGCCUUUUUUAUUUCACAGGCUCCUCCCCCUACGGACUACUGUAAGUGUUUGUACAGAUAAUGUUGUGUUUCUUUUUUCUUACAAUGUGCAUGUGACCAAAUACCAUGUAAAACACCUUGACAUUUAAAAACUGUAAGUAGGUGUAUUAUUUCAUGAUGGAUCAAUAAAUCGUUCCUUCAACGAAAUAAAAAAAAAAACGUCAAAGAAUUAAAAUCAGUGGUCUCAAAAGUACUCGAA